CUUUAAAGCAACUAUUGCCUUCACUGAGGCAUCAGGAGCUCAGAAGACAGCACACGUGUGUAUAUGUGUUUAGUGGAGGAGGCAAGCAGACAUGAUUGUGCUGAAAGUGUUUCUGUUACUGCAGGGCCUGCUGCUGGCAGCACGGUGUGACGUUUGGUCCAGAGAUCAAGAGCUGAAAGAUGGAGAGGAGGAGCAAUUAAAGCACAUGCCACACCAACACCAAAGUGAUUGGGAUCAUAAUGACCCAUUUGGAUAUUUUCAAACAGGUCAUCGCAGUGCUGGAGCAAAAAAAGAAAGCCCUGAUGUCCCUGAAAUGGUCCAUUACCCACUGGAGCAUGGGCGUGUUAACCCCAGUCAUGAACAUCCACCUGAGGAUCUAUCUGUGGAUGCAGAAGAUGGUUCAGCAGAGACCUCCAGCAAGAACACUCCAACACGCAUGGGAAACUGGUGUGCGUUUGUGCAAAAGCGUGAAGUCACCAUGGCAGUGUCCUGCGGUAGUGAGAAAUACAUUAUCAAGUCCCAGAGUCCCUGCCCUAAUGGGACACCAGACUGCCAUCUGAUUAUGUACAAGGUGUCUACUCGGCCGGUGUACAGAGAGAAGCAGAAGAUCUUCACCGCACUCUUGUGGAGAUGUUGCCCUGGUCAUGGUGGAAAGAACUGCGAGGAUAUUGUGGAAAAUGGUCAUGUCUCAGAGUCUGAAGUCUCCAACAGUGACAUCAGGUUUCAUUCUGGAGCUCCAGAGCUCAAUGAUCCAGGAUCGGAGAAGCUAACCCACGACCAAAACCAGGAGCAGAAUGACUCUCAAGAGUCCCAGCACUCGCUAUACGAGCCCCUGAGAUCUGAGAAGAACCAAACAGAAGAACAGCACAGCUAUGAUCACACUCCAAGCACACACACUGGCCAUGGGCCUCACGAUGAGAGAGGCGCGCCCUACGGUACAGAUAAUGGACAUCGAGGUCUUCCACCAGACACGCACUACUCAAAUCCCGGGCUUGUACCCAUCCAUUAUUUAAAGGACGUCAUGAUGUCCCAUCUCCAGCCCAUAUUUGACAGCUUCAACCGGACAGUAGCACGUCUGUCUGAGGAGGUACAGGAUUUACAGAGGGACAUGACCCAGCUGCAGCUUCAACAAAUGCUACAGGGAGAGUCCAAAAUGGCAGGAGGUGGAAUACGUGAGGAGUUGAAGCAGGAUGAGGCAAUGACUGAUACCAUCCAGCAGCUGGAGGAAAUGAAUAUGCAACUUGGCCUUGAGCGUGAAGAGAUGGAAGCGAAGCUACAUGUACAGCAGACCGUUUUGCACUACAACUUGACCAAUCUGAAGCUUGACAUGGAUGUCCAAAUUAAACGCAACCAGAAGAUGCUACAGACAAGUAUCCACUCCCUAAAUUCCUCACUAUCAGAGGUAAGAGAGAAACAAGAGCAGCUAGAGGAGGUGCUCCAGAGGGUUUUGACACUUGCAAGUCAGAUACCAAGUCCUGGCGGACAGCCUCAGGAGAACACAGCAGUCUGGGAAGCCAUCACCCAACUGGACAAUAAGGUGGUCAAUAACACUGUACAGCUCAGUGCCCUAAAUGAAGACCAAAUCCAAGUGUCGGGGAGAAUAAAACACUUGGAAAAGGGCUGGAAGACCUUAGACGAGCGUAUAACCCAGAAUGACCGCAAUAAUGAGGACAGAUACAUUGAGGCUUUCCUAGAAGUGGACGCAGCAAAGAUGGCAGUUGGAAAAUACACUGAUGACCUGUCAAAAAACGUCACUAUUCUCCAAAGCACAGUCCAGGAACUGGACGAAUACAUGGACUACUUGUACAAAGAUUUCUAUAAGAAUCUAAGUGGCGGUGGUAGAGACUGUGACUGUAUAGGUCUCAGCACAUCAAUGAUGCAGUUGAAACAGGCAGUAGCUAAUAUAACUGUGAUUGCAAAUGAAAACAGGCUAGCUCUAGACAAUGCAGCAGAAGAUAAGUUAAACUAUUGGGAAAGUGGUGGCCAGGUUCCAUCGCAGAUAAAAUUAGACUUGUACACCGUGCAGAACAUGCUAACGCUUGAGCAAGAGAAGCGACGGAUAAUGCAACAAACCUUAACCACACUCCAGACCUCUCUUUUAGGCAGUCAAACAGAUAUUGAAGCUCUACAGCAACAGGGCAGUCAGAAAACUGAUGAAAUAAGACACCUGUUCAACUCUUUUAGCUCUCUGUUAAAAGAUGUUCUACGUCACAGCGAUGUACUGGAAAUCCUGCUUGAUAAGCAAGUUUUGGAUUUUUCUGAGUUGUCCCCAGAAGACCAGAAAGCUUACUCUAUCCAUGCGCUGAAGAUGCUGAUCAGCAACCUGCAGGAACAGAUUAACCAACACAGCCGAAGCCUCAGCUCAAUGCUCAACUCUGAAGAUCCCACUGCACAUGAACCAUCAGGGCUGGCCGACUGGACUGCAGAGGAUCUCAAAAGGAGACAAAAGGAACAGAAAUCUGACCAUUUCUCAGACGACCAUACAGUUUACAAAGACAAGGACUUUUUUGCUUUGGAAAAAACAGUUGAACAACUUCGAGCACAUGUCGUCACGCUUGGAGAACAGCAAUGCCUGUCCUGCUGCAAUUGUAACAAAGGUGCUGCUUCCAAAGACGUAGAGGAAAAACUGCAAGCUGAGUUGACAAGUGUGCGCAAAAGCCUUGAUGAUCACCUGAGGAUUUUCAGCAGCGUUUUCAGUAAUACUAAAGGUCUAACAGAGUCGGAAGCAACAGUAGAUUUGGAUAAAUUGUCCGCGUUAAUGAAGAAAAAAGAAGCCAAAGUUCAACGAAAGAGGCAAAAGAAGAGAACAGAUACAAGAAGAGCACAGCGCAGCACGCGGGGUACAUCGAUCGAAAUGGCAGUGCACAACCGGCUUCCUGAGAAUCCACUCAUAUUUGUGGCCAGCAGCAGAGACGGUGUUCACACACCUGGCACAAUUGUGUUUGAAACCACAUCCCUAAACCAUGGGCAAAUGUACUCACCUGAAACAGGCACGUUCAGAGCACCUACUACAGGAGUUUACCUGUUCGUGUUGACGCUGGACUUCGGACCUGGGCCAUCUUUAGCCCAGUUGAAGAGAGGACAGGAAGUGGCAGCGUCACUGCAGCAGAGCAUGAAGUCAUCAGGACCUGCUACUCGCAUCUGCCUUCUACAGCUGCAACAAGGUGAAGAGGUCCAGCUAGAACUAGUGCAGGGAACACUGAAGCACGGGAAGCCACAGGAUAACACUUUUGCUGGACUUCUGCUCCUAAAGACCACAUGAGCACAUGGUCACAUCUGAAAGAGAGAAAAGAAAAAAAAGAAAAAGAAAAAAAACACCACACAUGGGAUGACAAAUUUCCAUUUUCUGAGAACAGCACUUUUUUUUUUUUUAAACUUCUCAUUACCGAUUAGUCACAAGAAGCAUCUUGUGCAUGCUCAUUGCAGUUUGUGGCAGUCUUGAGCUUCUGAACUGUUUCAGAUUUUCAAAAUUUUGCUCAUUUGAAAAUCAAAACCGACUACAGUAUAACAGACUUCAAGUUUAGACGGUGUGUGCAUCUAUAGAUACAUCUUACAUAUAGUUACUACUGUUAGUUAUGCUGCCCCAACUACUUCAGUGAAAAUACCCCAAACAAACCCUUAUCAUAUAUCUCUGCUGCACCUUAAAAUACGAUUGCCAAAGUUAGAUCAUGUUAUUAAUGGAUGCUUCUCACACACAUUUGAAAUGACCCACAAGCACUCAGAUUCAUAUAGUAAAUAUUUACUUCAAAUGAAUACGAUGGACAAGUGUCAUAUGUAAAGUAUUUGCCAAGAAAAUGCAAACUCAAGGCACCCAUUCAUCUAGAAGUUACAUUAAAAAGGUGUGGAAUAAUUACAUACCAAUGGUUACCUUGUAUUAGCACAGAGCAGGGCAACGUUUAAAUACGUCCAUGUUAGAGAUGCUAGUUCAUUUUUAAAAGUGUGUCAUUUUAUUAUGUUUAACUGGGAGAAACAGGGGUAAAAAGAAGUGCCAUGAGUCACAGCUCUAAAUCCAAGAACAGUUAUAAGGUUAGCAGUGAGAAGUGAGAAAGAGUAACAGACAUGUCAUUCCCAAUUAAAAUAAAUUUAAAAAACAAAAACAAGCAAAAAAAAAUAAAAAAUCCCAAAGCUCUGUUUUUCCAAAAUAUUCUCUUCUGGCCAAAAAGUGCAUGCAUUGCUUACGCAGAAACCACUUGUGAUAUUUUAUUGUAUUGUACAUUGAACUGAUUUGCCUCAAGUUACCCCCUUUUAUUUUUUAAAAACAUAUUUAUAUUUUUAAAGCAAAUUUAUUUUUUUCUGAAGAGCAUUUUAAUGAACUUUUUCAAACAUUAUCAUUUAUGUUUCUAUAACUUUACCUUUACAUAACAUUAUGAAAAGUUGGCAAACUUUGAUAAGGCAUAAUAUUAGUCUGGCACUAAAACGAGGACUGUCGGUUUACACUUCCUGUACGUAUAGACCCAUGUCUUGUUUUCACUGCUUGUUUCAAUGGCAUGGAAAGCAAUAAAGGUAAAGUAAGGCUGG